UUUGCAAUGCAGCGGUGGACGCAGCAGCUCGGAGCAGUCUCAACCAGCCGCGUGCUGGCGUGCUUCAGAGCGUCGACGCUGCUGCACCACCACCACCACCACCAGCAGAUGCGACACCAUGUCACACUAACAGCACCCACCCCCAGACAGAGUCGCUUGCGUGCGAUCGAUGCAGCCCGAGCAGUUGGGUUGGCUGGGCGCCCAACACUGCGCGCGCUCUCGUCCAACGCCGCCGGAGCCCAAGACCACAGUCCCAAGCCCACCACCCAUGAACCGGCUGCAGCCACCCUGCCGCCACAGGCCAUCACGCCAAAGGACUUGGAUCCCGCGCGGUUUGACAUGGCAAAGUAUCCGCCAAGACUGGUGCGCAACUUUAGCAUUGUGGCACACAUUGACCACGGCAAGUCGACGCUUGCAGACCGACUGCUCGAGGUGACGGGCACGAUCGAGCGCAACAAGGACAACAAGCAAGUCCUGGACAAGCUGCAGGUCGAGCGAGAGCGCGGCAUCACCGUCAAGGCACAAUCCGUGUCCAUGUUUUACAAGAACAAAGGCGAGACGUACCUGAUCAACCUGAUUGACACGCCUGGCCACGUCGAUUUCAGCUACGAAGUCUCGCGAUCACUGUAUGCAUGCCAGGGCUGCAUUCUGCUUGUCGACGCUGCGCAGGGCAUCCAGGCGCAGACCGUCGCCAACUUUAUGCUUGCCUUCGACAGCAACUUGAGCAUUGUCCCCGUGCUGAACAAGAUUGAUCUCCUGCAUGCGGACGCCGCGCGCGUCACCAAGCAGAUGCAGUCCGUGUUUGGCACAGAGCCGGAGGAGGCGCUGCGGAUUUCCGCCAAGACCAACCUCGGCAUCGAUCAAGUGCUUCCCGCCAUCAUUGAUCGCGUGCCUCCGCCCAGCGGCAACCCCGAUGCUCCGCCCAAGGUCCUGCUGUUUGAUUCGUGGUACGACGACUUUCGAGGCGUCGUGUGUCUGAUUGCAGUCGUCGACGGCUCGCUCAAGGUCGGCGAGAAGAUCACGUCGGUGCACUCUGGUUUGUCGUACGAAAUUCUCGAGCUGGGUGUCGUCUCGCCGGAGCGAGUAUCCACAACCGAGCUGCACACGGGGCAAGUUGGCUACCUCAUCACUGGAAUGCGAUCGACGUCGGAAGCACGGAUUGGCGACACGCUGCACCUCUUCCAAAAACCCGUGGAGGCGCUCCCGGGCUUCAAACCCGUCAAGCCGAUGGUGUUUGCCGGUGUGUUUCCGAUGGAGCAAGCCGAGUUUGACGACCUGCGCAAGGCCAUUGAAAAGCUGACGCUCAAUGACGCCAGUGUCACCGUCCAUCGCGAAAGCUCGGUUGCGCUCGGCUCGGGCUUUCGGCUCGGUUUCCAUGGCAUGCUCCACAUGGACGUCUUCCAGCAGCGCCUCGAGCAAGAGUAUGAUGCCAAUGUGAUUGUGACCUCGCCAAGCGUGCCCUUCCGGGCCGAAAUGCGCGACGGCGAAAUCAAGACCAUUGAGUCCCCUGCCGAAUUUCCCGACACUUCGUUUGUCAAGCAAUUCCAAGAGCCGGUCGUGAUUGGUACCCUGGUCUUCCCAGAAGAGCACCUCGGGGCCAUGAUUGAUCUCUGCCAGCGGAGCCGCGGCGAGCAGGUCGACCUUUCCUAUCUCGAUGAAACGCGCGUCAUGCUCAAGUACCGCCUCCCUCUCUGCGAGAUUGUCACUGACUUUUUCGACGCCGUCAAGGGCGUCACGUCUGGCUUUGGAAGCUUUGACUAUGACGAGCCGACGUUUGUUCCAUCCAAGCUGGUCAAGCUGGACAUUGCGCUGAACGACGUGAAUUGCGAUGCUCUCUCCGUCAUUCUGCAUGACAGCAAGGCGCAGGAGCAUGCCAAGAGCAUCUGCGAGCGUCUUGCCGAAACCAUCAGCCGCCAAAUGUUCGAAGUUGCCAUCCAAGGUCGCAUCCACUCAAAGGUCAUUGCAAGGGCGACCGUCAAGGCCCUGCGAAAGAACGUCACUGCCAAGUGCUACGGCGGCGAUGUCUCGCGCAAGAAGAAGCUGCUGGACAAGCAGAAAGAAGGCAAGAAGAAGAUGAAAAUGAUUGGCAGCGUCGAGCUGAGCAAAGAGUCCUUCCUAUCAGUCAUUUCCAAAGCGCGGUGAUUCUGGUGUGUCAAAUGAUACUGGUGUUUUUCUCUUGGUUUUUUGAACAAUGAAAAAAAUCAAAUUGUAAUUCUGGCA